CAUGGAUCCGUUAUUGACUAAAGUUUGUAAUGAAAUAGGGUUUUCAAAACCGCUUAAAGAGUGUCAGAAGGAGUGUCUGAUGCAUGUUUUGAAUAGACACGAUAUCAUGGCUAUAUUGCCGACUGGGUAUGGGAAAAGUCUGAUCUUUCAAGUGGCUCCAUUUGCAUUGAAAGAAAAGUUCAAGUUGACUUGUUCGUUUGUUUAAUUUUGACACCCUUAAACAGUAUCAUGAUGGACCAGAUCAAUGCAUUGAGCAAACAGGGAAUAAGUGCGUGUUGGCUAGACUAUAACUGUCAAAGUGGUCAGACCGCAGCAAGUGUCGAAGACAGUUCUGACGAGGAAGAUACUGCUAAGGGCGAAAGUGUUGUCAAUGUACCUUUAGAAGAUAUAAUUAAAGGAAAGUACUCAUUGGUGUAUUCCCAUCCAGAAGCAUUUCUGAGCACAACAAAUGGAACAGCAAUAUUGAGUGCAUUUGAGAGAGAUAGAACUGUUUCAUGCAUUGCUGUUGAUGAAGCCCACAUGAUCCUUGAAUGGGGAAAUGACUUCAGGAAAGAUUUUGGCAGGAUUGGCUCUGAUCUUCUGGCAAGGUUUACAGACAUUCCCAUAAUGGUCUUCACUGCUACAGCUUCCCCUGAUGCCCAGACAAAAAUCUGCAAAAGUCUUCAACUAAAGAGUCCAAAAAUAGUUUGUAUGAACCCUGAUAGAACAAAUAUUAAGUACAUAAAGAUUGAACGACCUCCAUCCUCAAACACUGAUGACCAUUUAGACAAGAUCCUUGAACCUAUGGUGAGCCAGCUGCUAGAAGAAAAAGAUAAAUAUCCAUUAACUAUUAUUUACACAGACACAAAUGUAAUCAGUUAUGCAUAUGCCUUUUCUGAAAAAAAGAUGGGGAAAGAUCAGUACUUAGGAGAGAAUAUCCCAGAAAGUAGACUUUUUGCUCAAUACCACAUGAACUACACCGAAAAAAUGAAGAAAUUCAUCGUGAGUGAAUUAGGAAAAGAAAACUGCAAGAUAAGACUUAUUUUUGCUACAGUAGCAUUAGGUAUGGGACUCAAUGCACCCCAUAUAAGAGUUGUCAUACACUACAAACCACAAACCUCCAUAGAAAGUUACUUCCAGGAAACUGGAAGGGCUGGAAGAGAUGGCCUCCCAAGUAAAGCAAUUCUGUACUAUAACAAUACUGACAUUCGAACAACAGACCAGGAAUUCAACAAAAUAUCAUAGAUUACUGUAAAAAUGACUCAAGAUGUUUACGAGAAGUUAUGUUGAAAACCUUUGGUUGCCCAAAAAGUGAAAACAUAAAGGACUGUUGUUGUGCAUGUGAUGAGAUGAAGAAAGAAUAAACAACUACCUCCA